CUCUAACAUGCUUAACCACAGUGAACUGAUAAUACUUACUCUUGUACUGACUUAUGGCCAAGGUCAUGCAGGUAAAAUAUAUGGAGGCCAUGAAGCUGUGCCCCACAGCAGACCUUACAUGGUGCUUUUGGAGACGAUGGUAAAUGGUAAAACACACCACUGUGGAGGCUUCCUGCUGAAUGAGGAGUUUGUGAUGACUGCAGCCCACUGUCAUGCCGGGCAUCCCAAUGUUUUAUUAGGACUUCACAAUUUCAACAAAAAGGAAAACAUACAGACCAUAUCUGCUGCAAAACUGUUUCCACGCAAAGAUUAUGAUCCAGCUGAAUUCAGAAAUGACCUAAUGUUGAUUAAGCUAAGCUCCAAGGCAACACUCAGCAGCAAUGUCAGACCAAUCGUUCUUGCAGACCAUAAUGAUCCUGCUCCAGAAUCAUGCAUCGUCUCUGGCUGGGGACGCCAUGACAACACUGAACUCAUGUCUGUUGUGCUCAGGGAAGUCAAUCUAACACUAAUCAACAAUGAGUUAUGUGAAGACCAUAACUCAUACUGCUCUGAGGGUGAAAAAAGACCUGCUGAGGGAGACUCUGGUGGUCCACUGGUCUGUGAAAAUGGAAAGGCUUAUGGGGUGGUGUCCUCGUAUAAAACAACCACAAAUGGACAGAAAAUGUCUUAUUUUACCAAGAUUUCUGACUAUAGAGAAUGGAUUGAUUGCACCAUGAAAUAUAACUCCCUUCAAAAAAAUCUCUAAAACUGUUUGACAUUUAUUUGGGUGGAUCACAUAAUUUCAACUGUAAUUAUUCGAGCUUAUCUUCAGAACUUUGAAGAGCUGAUACCUGAGAUUUUUUGGUUCAAAACAUGACAAAACAUAAAUAAAUAAAUAAAUAAAACAUAUGACAUAGACAGUAUAUGUGAUAUUGUAGCUUUAUAUAUCUUUUUUUUUUUCUACUUCUUCUUUUUUAUUAACCAUAAUCUGCUAGUUCAUCAGUUUCUGCUCAUCUCCUAUUAGUGUGAAUUUAACCUACAAAAAGGACGACACUGCCCCCUUGUGGAUAAAAUAUGCUUUUUCAACUUCUGUCAUUGCUUACAAGCUCUACAUCCUGUGCAUUUGAACCAAAGUUUUAACUGAGCUUGUAAUGUAAUGCAUGUUGAUAACACACAAAGGAAAAAUUCACUUGCUUUAAUAUAACAAAUAAAUAAAAGUUCCAUAAUUUGUACCAAGUCAAUGUCAUGUUUUCUGUUUUAUGUAUUAUAAGGUUCACUUCAUAGUACCACACGGAUGUUUCUUAUUCACACCCCUCGGUUUAAACCUUAUUUCAAAAGCACUGAAGGAGCUGUAAUUUUACAACAACUUGCGGAAUUCAUUUUAAUUGAGAUGAGUGUUAAAGAUGGCUCACGCACAGGU